AUGUUCAGACUCAUCAAAAAACAAUAUGACAAGAAAUACAAGCCCCUCGCUGCACCAGAAGCCCAAAACCCGCCUAAAAAGGCCUGUUCUCACCAACCAUUAGCAUCAGCAUCUCCGUCCCCAGACCCUUCGGCACCCGUCAAAGAGACUGUUACCAAGGAUGAUGGCUGCCCUACUUGCAAGCAAGAAAAGCACGAUGCGAGAGUCUACAGAUGGAAACUCAUAGGCGGUCUGUUGCUGCCGUAUACACUUGCAUCCCUGGACUUGACCAUUGUUGCAUCAUCAGUGUCAUAUAUUGCGUCCCAUUUCAAUAAAUUUGAUCAGUUGAAUUGGAUUGUCACGGCAUAUACCCUAACUUCAACAGCUUUUAUACCAACAUUUGGCCAAUUGGCCGACGUCUACGGUCGUCAUGCUGUCUUGCAAAUAUCAAUGGGGUUCAUGCUUGUUGGAAGCACACUGGCUGCAGCUGCACAGACAUGGGGCAUGCUUCUUCUUGGACGUGCGCUUCAGGGUACGAGCGCUGCAGGAAUUAUGAACAUUAUUAUGAUCGUACUGGCGGAUAAAGUCAGUCUUGAAGAAAAUGCAAAGAACAACACCAUCUUCACUCUAGUAUCCAGUAUCGGCUAUUCCGUUGGACCAGUCAUUGGAGGGUAUUUAACAAAGGCAAAUUGGAGAUAUGUUUUUGUGAUUUCCAUACCGAUAUCUUUACUGUCACAUAUCGCCAUCUACUUUCUCCUCUCAAAGGAACUCCUCGAGGGGACCCAUUUCAAUAGAGGAAAUAGAAAAUGGUCCUCGAUUCUAUCAGGACUGGCCACUCUAGAUAUUGGUGGAACCAUUCUGUUUAUUUUCGGUGUGGGACUUAUGAUUUUAGGUACAGCAUGGGGUGGAUCUACAUAUCCCUGGUUGUCAGCACAAGUUCUCGCUCCCGUUAUUAUUGGUGCAGUGUGUUUUGUACUCUUCUUUGUGUACGAGUAUUUUCUCGAGCCAGGUCGAAUAUUGGCUAGGUUUUUCCCCAAGCAAGUUCCUAUGAUCCCAUACAGUCUAUUUACUAGACUGGAUACACUGCUUAUUGCUAUCCUUGAUUUUUCUGGUGGUGCUGCAAUGUACGCCGUCUUUUACUAUAUUGGAGUGUACUUUACACUGGUUGAAGCUUAUCCUUCAUCCAGAGCGGGUGUAGAACUGUUAUAUUACAUUCCGGGUUUAGGAGUGGGUGUAUACAUGGCAAUGUUCAUGUGCAAUGUAUCGCCCGCUCAAACCUUCUGGCCAUUAACACUUGGAACCAUCGAAGAAACAAUCGGCCUGGCGCUUAUUGCCUGGGGAAUCUCCACGCGCAACACCGGCAUUGUAAACGGCAUGAUGGUCCUCGCUGGCGCCGGCACAGGAUCUCGCUUCAUGCCUGCCAGUCUCCAUAUUGCAGGCGUAUGGCCCGAAAAAAUCGCACCAGCAAUGUCCUUGAUGCGAUUCGCGCUACCAUUUGGAGGUACCAUUGGCUUGACUAUAAUGGGUGCGGUGUUCAACAAUAAAUGGUCAAAUAGCUUUGCACUAUCUAGUGCGACGACAUCUGGAAGCAGUGGAGCCUUCGACGCUCACAACACGAACAGCCUUGACAGUAUAAACUCUCUUCCGCAGAGCGUCCAGCAGGUCAUCCGUGAUGCCGGAAAAGAUGCCAUCAUGUGGGCUUUCAUUGCCAUUAUGCCGAUUUUGGGAAUCAGUCUUGUGACGGGAUUUUUCCUAGGGAAUGUUUGGAUUAAGCCUAAAAAGAAUGAUGGUGAGGAAGCGGGAAAAGCUGACGCAAAGACGAGUGAGGUUGUUUACGUGCCAUACUUGUACGCUUUGUUCAAGGCAAGUUUCCGUCCCCUUUUAUUCCAACGGUAA